AUUGGGAGAUUCGCUUCCUGGUUGAUGUGGAGCUGCUGGGUGAGGUCUGUUGUUGGAGUAAAUAAUGGAGGAAAGCAGUAAACGGGAGUCAGAGAAGCACCGGCAGUCGUCGAGUUAGAUUUAAAACUCGCUUUUUAACCCGGACUAACAGGCGUUUAUCCCAGUUUAGCUCCAGUGUUGCGGUGCAUUAGCUCACUGUGGGCUGCUAGGUGCUAACGCUACAUACCAGUGCACCUGUCUCCAGCCUCUUUGUCUCUCUGGUGGCUUCAUUUCCUGUCCCAGACAUGUAUGAGAAGGACUCUGUCUGCGUCCCACCUGGAUACUUCUGAACCCCAAAUAAGUCAGCUCGUCCCCCUUCCCCAAAGAAGAAGAAGAAGACAGACAUGGCGUCCUCCAAAGCAAAGGUGGGAGCUGAGAGCAACAACUCCCUGAAAGAGACGAGAGGCAACGCCAGCUGUUCAGCUGGAGAAGCUGCUCCAAAUAACCGGAUGUAUAGCCUCGAUGAGCUGGAGACCGUCGCCACAGUGGGCACGGGGACUUUUGGCCGAGUCUUCCUGGUCAAGGACAAGAAGAGCAGGGCCUUCCAUGCCCUGAAGCAGAUGAAGAUCCCGGACGUGAUCCGACUGAAGCAGGAGCAGCACGUCCACAACGAGAAGGAGGUGCUGGCGGAGGUCAACCACCCCUUCCUCAUCCGACUGUUCUGGACCCACCACGACGAGCGCUUCCUCUACAUGCUGAUGGACUACGUGCCGGGCGGCGAGCUGUUCAGCUACCUACGCAGCCGCGGGCGCUUCAGCAACGCCACGGGCCUCUUCUACACCUCCGAGAUCGUGUGCGCCAUCGAGUACCUCCACUCCAAAGAAAUCGUGUACCGCGACCUGAAGCCCGAGAACAUCCUGCUGGACAGCGAAGGACACAUCCGCCUGACCGACUUCGGCUUCGCUAAGAAGCUCUCCGACAGGACCUGGACUCUGUGCGGCACUCCCGAGUACCUGGCCCCCGAAGUCAUCCAAAGCAAAGGUCACGGCCGGGCGGUGGACUGGUGGGCUCUGGGCAUCCUCAUCUUUGAAAUGCUGGCUGGGUACCCGCCGUUCUUUGAUGACAAUCCGUUUGGAAUCUAUCAGAAGAUUCUGGCCGGAAAACUGGAAUUCCCACGCCACCUGGACUUCUACGUCAAAGACCUCAUCAAGAAGUUUCUGGUCAUUGACCGAGCCAGGCGGCUAGGCAACAUGAAGAACGGAGCGGACGACGUGAGGAAGCACCGGUGGUUCAAGACCGUCGACUGGGAUGCCGUUCCUCUGAGGAAGAUGAAGCCUCCAAUAGUUCCCAAAGUGUCCCACGAGGGGGACACGUCCAACUUCGACGUUUACCCAGAGGACGACUGGAAGAAAGACCCUCCCGUGCCUCCGAAGGACUUAGAGAUCUUCAAGAACUUCUGACCACUGAGCCUGCUUUAUAUUUAUUAACGGAACGUCCACCACAUGUAGAAUAGCAACUGUUCCAGGUACCGUCGCGGGAUGAGACCCUUAUCUAUCCUCUAAUAACGGCCUCCCUGAAGACAAAACUCCAAUAUCAUACCACAGAGAUGCUUUUUUUUUAUAUUUUUAUUUAUCUGACUAAAAAGUCUUUUGCUGUUUUUUUUCAAUUUUUUAUUUUUUUUGUUUUUCUCUCUGAGCCUGCUCAUAUGCAAAACUAAAGACUGUUAAUUUCUAGGUUUAAAACACAGAGAACAAUCAGGUCUUUUUUUAUAUUCUCAUGUUUUUAUAUGUUUUUAAAAAAUGUGUUCAUGCAAGUCGUAUUAAAUGUGACUCCUAGACCGGUGCUGUAGCCCGUCAGCUGGCCAGUAGACGACUCUCUGUAGUCACGAGUCACUUUACUUGGUAAUGCGUAGCACUAAAAGAAAGGUGCCUUACAUCACAGUGUGAUGGGCAUGAUGUCUCGCAGUUACACCUGAAAUAGUGCUUUUUUUUUUCUCUCGGCCGUCGGCGUCGCGUGCAGAACUGAUGAACACUCCGUGCACGCGAGCUGCCGAACGCACUCCCGUGUCCUCCCACUGUAAACUCUCCCUGCUCUGUUAUCUCCAGCUUUAUUCACAGUCAGCGGUUAUUACCGUCCAGCUGGUCUACACACUUCACUUAUCAUCAUCAUCAUCAUCAUCAUCAUCAUCAUCAUCAUCAUCAUUGUUGUCAUGCUUUUAAAGCUCAUGAGAGGUGCUGGGGAUGUGAGCUACGUUACAGUAUUCAUCACUUACUACUCUGCAGAAGGCUUCGUCUGCUAUUUGGGGGGACAAUAUUGGCCUUUUAAAGUUUCAUAAAACUUGAUUUUAUGUUCGCUGCCAUUAAAAUCCAAGUGAUGAUGUGA